UCAUAGCCUUUGUUACUCUCUCUGGGUUUAGUUUAGUUUCAUUGAGUUCGAAGCAAGAAAACCACAUAGUAAUAGUAAUAGCAAACAUUACUCACAAAAAAAGAGUUGCAAAACCCAAUGAAAUAAGGUGCACAAAGCAAAGAAGAAGAAGAAAGGUUUGGAAUUUGAGGCAAAUGUUCCAUAGUUUUCAAUGCAAAACUCGAGGCAACAACAACCCUCUUCCUUCUUCUUCAUUUCUUCUUAUUCAUUCUUUUGUUUCAUUCUUCUCUUUCACACUACUUUUCUCUAUGGUAUUGCAUUCUGUUCUACGAACAGUAAUAACAACGAAGCUUCUGCUCUAUUUUCUUGGCUCCAUAGUUCUUCUUCACCACCACCAUUGUUAUUGUCCAACUGGAACAUCCAUGACUCAAACCCAUGCAACUGGACCUGCAUAACAUGUUCCACACUCGGUUCUGUAACUGAGAUCACCAUAGAAUCCACCCCUCUUGAGCUUCCACUACCUUCAAACCUUUCUUCAUUCAAGUUCCUUCAGAAGCUUGUCAUCUCUGAUUCAAAUCUCACUGGACAAAUCCCUCAAGACAUUGGUGACUGCACUUCACUCACUGUUCUUGACUUAAGCUCUAACAACCUUGUUGGUUCAAUACCUUCCUCCAUUAGAAAGCUUCACAAUCUUGUCAACUUGUCCUUGAACUCUAACCAGCUUUCGGGGAAGAUCCCAGUCGAGUUAAGCAACUGCAUUGGACUAAAGAGUCUUCUCCUUUUUGAUAACCAGCUUAGUGGGGUUAUCCCAAAGGAGCUUGGAAAGUUGUCGAAUCUUGAGGUUCUUAGAGCCGGAGGGAACAAAGACAUAGUUGGUAAGAUACCUGAACAGUUUGGAGAAUGCAUCAAUUUAACAGUGUUGGGGCUAGCUGAUACAAGAAUCUCAGGCUCAUUGCCAGUUUCAUUGGGAAAACUAAGCAAGCUUCAAACUCUGUCAAUUUACACCACAAUGCUCUCAGGUGAGAUUCCAAGAGAGUUAGGUAACUGUUCUGAGCUUGUUGAUUUGUUCCUCUAUGAGAAUAGCCUCUCAGGUUCCAUUCCACCUGAGCUUGGAAAGCUUCAGAAUCUGCAACAGUUGUUUCUAUGGCAGAAUAGUCUUGUUGGUGCUAUACCCGAAGACAUUGGAAACUGCACAAGUUUGAGAAAAAUUGACUUCUCUUUGAAUUCUAUAUCUGGAUCCAUUCCUCUGUCUUUAGGAAAUCUUUUGAAUCUUGAAGAGUUUAUGAUUAGUGACAACAACGUGUCUGGCUCGAUACCUUCGUCGCUCUCGAAUGCAAAGAACCUUCAGCAGUUGCAAGUUGAUACAAACCAGCUUUCAGGUUUGAUUCCACCCGAGCUAGGCCAGUUGUCGAACCUAAUGGUGUUUUUCGCUUGGCAGAACCAGCUUGGAGGUAGCAUUCCAUCAAGUUUAGGAAACUGCAGCACCCUGCAGGCACUGGACUUGUCUCGAAACACGCUAAACGGAAGCGUUCCGGCAAGCCUAUUUCGCCUCCAGAACUUAACAAAGCUGCUUCUCAUCUCAAACGACUUAUCAGGAUCUAUACCUUCAGAGAUAGGUAGCUGCAGCUCUCUUGUAAGGUUGAGGCUUGGAAACAACAGAAUCACUGGUAGUAUUCCCAAGACCAUAGGCAGCCUCAAGAGCUUAAACUUUCUUGAUCUCUCCGGGAACCAGCUUUCAGGGCCGGUUCCUGAAGAGAUAGUAGGCUGCUCAGAGCUGCAAAUGAUAGACUUGAGUGGCAACAACUUAGAAGGACCAUUGCAAAAUUCUAUGUCAACACUUUAUUCCCUUCAAGUAUUGGAUGCAUCUUCCAACAAGUUUUCAGGUCCAGUUCCUGCGAGUUUGGGCCACCUUGUAUCUCUAAGCAAGCUUAUCUUAGGAAAGAACUUGCUUUCCGGACUGAUUCCAGCGUCGCUGAGCCUAUGUUCAAAUCUGCAAUUGCUUGAUCUUAGCAGUAAUCAGCUCACCGGUAGCAUACCGGCUGAGCUAGUCCGGAUGGAGUCACUAGAAAUCGCUCUCAAUCUGAGCUGCAAUUUUCUCAGCGGGCAAAUUCCGGCUCAGAUAUCUGCACUUAGCAAGCUUUCCAUGUUAGACCUUUCACAUAACCAGUUGGAAGGGAAUUUGCAGCCUUUGGAAGAGUUAGACAAUCUUGUCUCCCUUAAUGUUUCGUACAACAAGUUCUCCGGUUAUCUUCCGGAUAACAAGCUUUUCAGGCAGUUAUCGCCAAAAGACCUCGCCGGAAACCAAGGCCUGUGCACAUCAGGUCAGGACUACUGCUUUGUGAAAGACUCUGGCACGGCCUUGAAUGCGAACGAGGCAAAGAAGUCUCGAAGGAUUAAAGUGGCUAUUGGUUUACUCAUAGCUCUAACUGUGAUAAUGAUUGUUAUGGGAAUAACUGCUGUAAUAAAAGCCAGAAGAACAAUUAGAGAUGAUGAUUCAGAGUUAGGAGAAUCAUGGUCAUGGCAAUUCAUACCAUUCCAGAAGCUGAAUUUCACGGUUGAGCAAGUACUAAGGCGUUUGGUUGACAGGAAUAUAAUCGGAAAGGGAUGCUCCGGCGUAGUGUAUCGUGCCGAGAUGGACAGCGGAGAAGUGAUUGCAGUGAAGAAGCUGUGGCCUACAACAGAUGCAGGGGAGGUGUUAGACGAAAAGACCAGAGUUCGUGAUUCUUUCUCGGCCGAGGUGAGGACUCUCGGCUCGAUCCGCCACAAGAACAUUGUGAGGUUCUUGGGAUGCUGCUGGAACAGGAAAGCCAGAUUGCUCAUUUUCGAUUACAUGCCGAAUGGGAGCUUAAGCAGUUUGCUCCAUGAGAGGACUGGGACUUGUUUGGAAUGGGAAUUGAGGUAUAGAAUCUUGUUGGGUGCUGCUCAAGGAAUUGCAUAUCUUCAUCAUGAUUGUGUUCCUCCUAUAGUUCAUAGAGAUAUCAAAGCCAAUAACAUCCUCAUUGGCAUUCAAUUUGAGCCUUAUAUUGCUGAUUUUGGCUUGGCUAAGCUAGUUGACGACGGCGAUUUCGGCAGAUCUUCCAAUACCGUUGCCGGUUCUUAUGGAUACAUUGCUCCAGAAUAUGGCUACAUGAUGAAGAUCACAGAGAAAAGUGAUGUGUAUAGCUACGGAAUAGUUUUGUUAGAAGUCUUGACAGGAAAGCAACCGAUCGAUCCAACAAUCCCGGAUGGUCUACAUGUUGUUGAUUGGGUGAGACAGAAAAAAGGGCUUGAUGUUCUUGAUCCUAGGUUACUCUCUAGGACAGAAUCAGAAAUAGAGGAAAUGAUGCAAGCUUUGGGAAUAGCCAUGUUAUGUGUAAAUCCGUCCCCAGAAGAAAGGCCGACGAUGAGAGACAUCGCCGCGAUGCUCAAGGAGAUAAAGCAAGAAAGGGAGGAGUCUGCGAAAUUCGACGCACUUCUAAAGGAUUCGCCUGCGAAUGAUGGCAAUAAAUGUUCUUCUGGUGGAGUUAUGGCAGCAUCUUCGUCGGUGCCAAUGAUGCAACGUUUGAAUUCAAAGAUUAAUAAUAACACGAGCUUCUCUGUGUCUUCAUUGCUUCAUUCAUCUUAUAGUGCUAAGAUGGGAUUCUAAUGAUAAAUUUGGAGGGCAUAAGCUUCUUGUUCUUGUGAUCACUUUCCUUCUCUUUUAUGUUUAUUGGUCUUUAUAAGUUUGUAAAUUUAUUAUACUUUAAUUAAAAUGAAGAAAAUAGACCAAGAAACUAAAUAUGUGACUUUGAGAAUGUCAUUGGUAAUGGUGUGUAUCCAAAAAUGGAAUGUAAGAUCAAAUUUAUCAAAUUCAGAUUAUGUCAGCAUAGAA